UUUCUUUUUUACACCGUCUGUCUUGAUAGCAGAGUGGGUGGAGGACAAGCAGGCGCAUCUAUGACAGGAACGCCUCCAUAAGCACUGACCGCUCGGCCUGUUUCAUGUUCCCGGCUCCAGGCAGCGGACGGCCGGCUGUUUGUGAUCCGAGCUGAGGAUGCGGGAGCAGGUGUGGGUCGGCUGGUUCCCCCGCUACCUUGUACUCAUCAUCACCGCUCACACACCGUUUGUGUCCGCCGACCUGCAGCGGCCGUGCGAUGAGACAGACUACUACUACCAGUACACAGAGUGUGACAGCACAGAGUCACGAUGGAGGGUCGCCAUCCCUCUCAAUCCAAGCUCCUGCUCAAACCUUCCACCUCCAAUCAGAGGGACAGACUGCUCUUUUUCAUGUCCAGCUGGGAAGUUCUUAGAAAUGACCACACAGCAGUGCACGCCGUGUGCGGCCGGCUCCUAUUCGCUGGGCAGCGGCUUACGUUUUGACCAGUGGGACGCCAUCCCUGCCGGCUUCGCCAGCCUGGCCAGCUUCUUGGACCCGGGGCCAAAUGGAGAGGACAUUCUGGCCUGUAACAGCUCGUCAUGGACGCCACAGGGUGUGUAUCUGGAGUCGAACCGCGACGAGUGUACAGUGUCUUUGGUGUACGCCGUCCAUCUGGAGAAACAGGGCUCCGUCUCCUUCACCUACCAGUACCCCGACAACAACAUCUUCUUUGAGUUCUAUGUCCAAAACGAGCAAUGUCAAGAAAUGGCCCAGACCGAUGACCAGAAGUGGAUUAAAGUCACCAACAAUGGAGAAUGGGACUCACACACAGUGAAUCUGAAAUCCGGUACGAACAUCCUCUACUGGAGAACCACCGGCAUCCUGGUCGGAGGGAAGAUGGUCAAACCCGUGCUGCUCAAGAACAUCCAAAUAGAGGGUGUGGCCUACACAUCGGAGUGUUUCCCGUGCCGGCCUGGCUGGUUCAGCUCGGCCCCCGGCUCAUCGUCCUGUCAGCCGUGCGCCAGGAACACCUUCUCCAUAAAGGGAGCAUCCUCCUGUACCACCUGCCCUGAACACUACUACUCACAUGAGGGAUGGGCGGAGUGUAAGGUGAGGCCGCCGUGCUCAGAGAAGGAUUACUUCCAAAUCCACACGGCCUGUGACAGCGAAGGAAAGACGCAGGUGUUGUAUCGUUGGGUGGAGCCAAAGAUCUGUGUGGAGAACAUCACAGGGGCCGUGGAGCUGCCUGUGACGGGACAGAGAGAGCCCUGCCCCCCCUGCAACCCUGGCUACUACAACAGCAACGACUCCACCUGUUUGCCCUGCCCACCUGGGACCCAUUCAAAUGGCCAACACGCGUGCACUAAGUGCCCUGCGGGUACAGAGCCAGUGUUAGGUUACGAGUAUAAAUGGUGGAAUGUACUGCCCUCCAACAUGAAGACUUCCUGUUUCAAUGUGGGCAACUCCAAAUGUGACGACAUGAACGGAUGGGAGGUUGCAGGGGACCACAUCCGCAGUGGGGCAGGCACUUCAGACAAUGACUACCUCAUCCUUAGCCUGCAUGUGCCUGGCUUCAAGGUCCCAGCCUCACUUUCAGGGAUGACUGGGAGUGAGUUCGGCUCGAUAACCUUUGUGUUUGAGACCAUUUGCUCUGGCGACUGUGAGCUCUACUUCAUGAUGGAUGUGAACAGAAAGAGCACCACAGUGGUGGAGUCCUGGGAAGGCAGUAAAGGGAAACAGUCAUACUCACACAGCAUGACCAGGAACGACUCUGUCUCAUUUACAUGGGCCUUCCAGAGGACUAACCAUGCUCUGGACGUGCGUCAUUAUGUCAGUGACAUGGUGAAGCUGUACUCCAUCAGCGUGACAAACGUCCUGGAUGGGGUGGCGUCAUCAUGUCGGGCCUGCGCUCUGGUACCCCAUAACUCGCAGCAGGCCGGGUCGUCCUGCAUCCCCUGCCCUGCAGGAUUUUACAUCGACAGAGAAACCAACCGGUGCCAAGAGUGUCCACCUAACACACACCUGGCAGGGCGCCACACCUACGGCCAGGAUGCAUGUGUCGCCUGUGGGCCCGGAAGUAUUAGCAACAAGGAACACUCUCGUUGCUACAGCGACUGCUCCUUCUCCCACACAGAGAACAACCGUACGCUGACCUUUGACCUCAGCUCCCUGAGCGACGUGGCCUCGCUGACCAUCGGGCCGAGUUUCACCUCCAAAGGCACAAAGUACCUUCACCUAUUCAACAUCAGCCUGUGCGGCCACGAGGGGACGAGAGGCGCUGUAUGCACAGAUAACGUCACCGACGUGUCCAGCAAAGACGACCAAAGCGACUUGGCUCAGUUUGUCAACUCAGUGGACAGCUUCAUAUGUCAAUCAACCAUUAUCCCAGCAGAUGGGAGGGGUUUCAGGAUGGCCAUUUCCUCCCAGUCCAUCAGCCUUGCGGGCGUUUUCAUUGGAGCAACAGUAGACUCCGUUCUGGAUGGCGUGAAUGCUAAACCAGAGCUGUUUCCUGGAAACCUAAAGGAUGUUCCAGACAUAAACUUCUUCUACAGGUCAACGCAGGCAACGGCUUCAUGUGAUCAGGGUCGCAGUUCAGUCAUCACUGUUCGCUGUAACCCCGAGAAGUCGGAACGAGGAGAGCUCUCUGUGCCCAGCGCCUGUCCUGCAGGAACAUGCGAUGGAUGCACGUUUCACUUCCUGUGGGAGAGCGCCAGCGCCUGUCCUCACUGCACCGAGGAUGACUACCACCGGAUAGAUGGAGCGUGCAAGGGAGGCGUCCAGGAAACUCUGUUCUUGUGGAACGAGCCGAAGCUGUGCACCAAAGGCCUACCGCUGCCUCCCAGGACCUCCUCUCCGUGUGAGGCCAUCGCUCUGUGGCUGAAGGUCGGGGUUGGUGGCGGAGCCUUCGUGGCCGUGCUGCUCAUCUCUCUCACCUGCUUUUUCUGGAAGAAAAACAAGAGGUUGGAGUACAAGUACUCUCGUCUGGUGAUGUCUGCGAACAAGGAGUGUGAUCUGCCAGCUGCAGACAGCUGUGCGCUGGCUGAAGGGGAGGAACCCGACGACGACGUAGUCUACACCCAGAAACCCUCCCUGCUGGGGAAACUCCGGGCCAUCGCCAACAAGCAGAACAACGGUGGAGAGAGAUGUGAGUCCGUGCAGCUAAACUCCUCCCAGUGUGAUCGAUGGGUCCUAGGGUAAACAGAUGCCGAGAGAGAGAGAGAGAGAGAGAGAGAGAGGACAAAUUAUGGAGGAACAGUCAGUCAGUGACAGUGUUCAUCAGUGCCGUGUUCCUCGUGAGCCCUUUGGCCCCCUUCAUUGUGUGUGGCGGAACCAACACAGACCUCAUACAGUAGACUACUUCCAGUUUUUACUGAAAACUUUUGCAGAUGCAAAAACUGGACAGUGGCUUUUACUCCUAUAGAAUACACAGGAAACCCUGUUGCUUUAAUGCCAUGGAUGCUCAAGGGCGGCAACAAAAUAGAGAAUCAUGCUUUUAAUAUAAUUUCUUUUUGUAUAUUUUGUAUUUGUUUUUGUAUUUUCUGUUCAGAGUCAUGUAUUUAUAUCAAUGUUAUGAUGAUGAACCUUUAUUAAAGUCCUAUUUGACUUUGGGA